CAGAGAGAUUCGAGCCUGUCAUUGGGCAAAGUGUGGUUCAAACACUGGAAUUGACCUGGAUCAACUCUUGUAUGGAGGUUAGUUGAUUUGCGCAACAGCCCCUCUGAUACAUCUUACCAAGCAUUCCUUUAUGAGCGUUUAGCAACUAUGAAUACGAUAUCAAGAAUCAUGAGGGUGACGGAAGUAACCAUUCUCUAUAACUAGAGCCCAAGGAAUGACUGGCUUUCGGCCCGCGGGCACCGAUCUUGAUGUUAAUUUCUUUCAAGUUACCAUCAGAUCUGCUUUAAAGUUGCGGGGUAGAUACUUUAUAGUGCUGGUUAACUCAUCGAUACCCCCUAAAUUCAGGAUAAGAAUGCCGACGUAUCCACCGACAUCCGCGGACACCGAGAAACACCAGAUCCAAAGCUGUUUAUAAGGCUUCGCUGAUCCACAUCAACGAGAAGAGAAGUAAUACACAUCUCUGAGCAUCUUUGGCGCAUAAUUCGACAUCAUGGCAUCAGAUACCCACAUGGUCACCGGCGGCAGUGGCUUUAUCGCCAUUCAUCUCGUCAACCAGCUCCUGCAAGCCGGAUAUAACGUGCAUACUACUGUACGCGACUUGAACAACACACGAAAAGUCCAACCGUUACGAAGUUUACAAGAGAAAUACCCGGGGAAACUAGAACUCUUUGAAGCAGAUCUUCUCAAGCCGGGAUCAUUUGAACCUGCUAUGAAAGACUGCUCGGUAGUUCAUCAUGUUGCUUCGCCAUUCUUGAUGGCCGAGAAGAUCAAAGAUGGACAGAAGGAGAUGGUAGAGCCUGCGUUGCAAGGAACGCGAAACGUCUUGAACAGCGUGAACAGUACCGAAAGUGUCAAACGGGUGGUUUUGACAUCAACUAUUGGUGCUAUCUUCGGAGACUACAUCGAUGUGAAAAGCAUGAAAGACAACAUUCUCAGUGAGAGCUACUUCAACGAAUCAAGCUCUGUUACUCACAAUCCAUAUCACUAUUCCAAAGUUGUUGCCGAGAAAGAAGCUUGGAAAAUUCAAAAGGCUCAGUCACGCUGGGACAUGGUUGUCAUCUGCCCUGGACUAGUUCUUGGCCCUUCGCUCACAACGGGAUCAGAUUCCGGGAGUCUUUUCUUGCUUGAUGAACUAUUCAGCGGACAGCUUUGGUUCGGCGUGCCUGAUCUGAGUUUCUGCACUGUUGACGUGAGGGAGAUCGCCACGGCACAUAUCAGGGCAGCAGAGACUAAGUCUGCGCAGGGGAGAUACAUUGUCUGUGACAGAGAGAUGGUGAGAUUCGUCGAUAUCUCGAAGCAGAUACGUCCUCAAGCUAAGCGCCGCCGGGCUCUUCCGCGCCAUAAGCUGCCGAAUAUACUGAUACGAGUUGUCGGACCCCUUUUCGGGCUGACGCAGAAGUGGAUGCGGGCUAAUCUAGGAGUUCGGUUUGAGGUUGGUAAUGAACGUGGUAUUAAGGAACUUGGGAUAGUGUACCGGCCUCUGAGCGAGACGUUGGAUGAUCACUACAAGUCAUGGCUGGCUCAGAAGGCACGUCAAUGAGGUGACAGGAUAUAUGUUUUGUUUAGCAACAGUUCUCUACGUACCUAAUUAGUGUAUUCAAUUAAUACCCUUGUGCUUGUUUUUAUGUAGAUAUCCUUUUGAGUUUUGAAGAUUCUCAAUAACAAAAUCGGUUGGCUGC